CAGUAUUCCACACAAUUCCAUCUAACAUUGACUUCAAUUUAAAUCAUCCGGCGAUUCAACUCAUUACGACCCGACCCGUUCAUAAAAUGGGCUCGCCGGAGGUAGCCUCUGCACUCGACCUCAUCAGACACCAUCUUCUGGACGACGCCUUCUGUGAAGAAGAUUUCUGCGAAACCCAAAGCUCCCAGUCGCCGUCUUCCUCUGUUUCUUUAACUUCCGACCAGAAAGACGAAACCUUUUUCGACUCUUUCUUCGAUCCCGGUUUCUGCCCGGUUGAUCUUGACUGUUUCGAGCUCGAUUCGGAGCCGCCGCCGCAGGUUGUCUGCAAGAAACCUGGCCUGAGUGUGGAAGUUCCUCUGCCUCGGGUCAAGAAUGCGAGGGUGACGGUGGUUCGAGAUUCCGGCGGCGAGAUGAGGCGAUACAGGGGAGUGAGGCAGCGGCCGUGGGGGAAAUUCGCGGCGGAGAUCCGUGACCCGACCCGGAAGGGAGCUCGGGUCUGGCUGGGAACGUAUGACACUGCGGUGGAGGCGGCGAGGGCUUACGACAGGGCGGCGUUUAGGAUGAGAGGAAGCAAGGCGAUCGUUAACUUCCCGCUUGAAGUUGAUAAUUACCGGGAAGGGAGCGAGCCGCAGGCGAGGAGCUGUGUCCGGAAAAGGAGGAGAGAGCCGGAGACCGGCGAGGACGCGGCGGAGCUAACGAAUAAGGAGUUAAAAAGAGAAGAGUCCUCAGACACCCAGGCGAUCGCCGGAGGUUUUGCCGCCGGCCCGUUAACGCCGUCGAGCUGGACGGCCGUUUGGGACUUCGGCAAUGAUUUGCAUGAGAUUUUCGAUAUUCCGCCACUAUCCCCUUAUUUAAAUAAUUAUAGAAUUAAAGUUUGAGAAAUUGGAGAAAUUAAUUAAUAAUUUACGAAAUAGGGGCACGCCUGACUGAUAAAUAAGUCCGACGUGAAAUUUUAUCUUUGAUUUUUUUCCUAAAAAAGCUUUGACUCUGUUGUAAAUAAUCUUAAUCCUUAUUAUUGAAAUUUGUUCUUUUUAGCUUCUUCUUUAAACUAAAGGCUAAAGGUCCGU